AUGAGCGAUUCGGAUGCAUACGAAGAUCGUGGAGAUCAAGGCGAUGAAGAACAACGUCAUGGCGAUGAUCAGGAAACCAGCCGUGUUGCCAGGUUUUUCUUGUAUAAAAAUCGUGAAAGACUUUCCGUUAAAAGAGCACAAUUAAAAACUGUUAUGAAUAAAAGUGUCGACUCUAAAAAAAAUAACGUCGUUAAGAGGGCUUCAGCCAUGUUACAAGAAACUCUCGGUCUAAAAAUCCAUGAAUAUGUUCCUGAGGGAAAGAAAGGUACAAGUUCAAAGCUUUUCUUAAUCAGAGAUAAGAACUACCCUGAAGAAGCCCCAAUUCCUUUCACUACACUUGAAAAACAGAAAUAUGGCAUAUUAACGUUUAUCUUUAUUGCAUUAUACUUCAAAAACGGAAAAAUGGAUCUUGACCAAUGCUGGCAGUUGUUAGAAAAUGCUGGUGUCGAGAAAGAUUCCGAAAUUAUAGGUAAUUGGCCUGAUCAAAUUCAUAUUUGGUCAAAAAUGGAAUAUCUCAAAGAAAAGAAGAUAGAAUCAGAAGCAUGUCCAAAGAUAGAAAUAUCAUACGGAGCAAGAUUUCAUUCAGAAUUUGGCGAAGAAACCAUUCGAAAAAUGGGUAAAUACCUUAUUAACGACGGAGUUGAGGAGCAAACUGCAGACGCCACCCAACAAGCUGAUGGUCAGCAGCCUAAUACCCAGCGCAGUCAAGAAGUUAUUGAGUAA